AUGGAUGUUCCGCACACUCUCGCAGACCCCGUCCGGAAACACGCCAAGCAGGCAUUCGACCGCGAUCCCAAAGUAGCCACAAACUUCGAGCAGUUCCUGGAGAGACUCCUGGAUCCAGCCUCGUCGGCGGCAUUGCCCAUCAAAGUCGAUCUUGAGCACCCUCUGAGCAGCUACUUCAUAUCCACGAGCCACAAUACUUACCUGUCUGGCAACCAGCUAUGGGGGAAAUCCACCACCGACGCGUACAAGAACGUUUUGAAACGUGGCUGCCGAUGUAUCGAAGUCGACAUAUGGGACGGCGACUCGCCUUCUUCCUCCGGGGCUGAAGACGAAGCCGAUGAUUCCCAUGAUGUGGGCAAGUUGUCCAGCCUGCUCAAAAAGGGGCUAAGCAGGAUACGCUCUCACUCAAACCCCGAUAAGCCACAGGAGGACUCGCCUGCGAGCACCCAGACUUUGAUGCCCACACCUUGGCGGACCGAAUCUGGCCGAGAUGAGCCAGUGGUCUAUCACGGGCACACUGCCACCAGCGAGAUGCCUUUCCGAAAGGUAUGCGAAGUUGUUCGAGAGUACGCAUUUCGAACGAGUAACCUGCCACUCAUCGUUUCCUUGGAACUUCAUUGCAGCCCGCCCCAACAGGAGAUGGUCGCACAGCUCAUGACCGAUUACUGGGGCGAAUUCCUCUUUCAGCUACCGAAGGACUUUUCCGAUUCCACGCCGCUCCCGCCGCUGUCGACACUGAAGAACAAAAUCCUAGUAAAGGUCAAAUACACUCCACCCGAAAAGGCCACCAAGGCCGACAAGAAACCGUCGAAGCGGACUGAUGAUCCAGAAGCUACCGAAGAAGAAGACAGUACCAAAGCAAAUCAGACGGAAACGGUUGUAGAGAAGCUCUCUAACAUGGGUAUAUUUACUCGAGCCUUCCACUUCAGCAGUUUUGACCAGCCUGAAGCACAAAUUCCUACACACGUGUUUUCACUAUCGGAAUCGAAACUGCUAGAGUGCUGCAGAGAACAGCCAGACGAGCUCUUUGACCAUAACCUACAAUAUUUAAUGCGGGCCUAUCCAAAAAGCACACGAGUAACGUCCUCGAAUUUGGACCCGGCUCCGCUCUGGUAAGCUAAGCUGGCUACUUGAAUCUCCAUCAAUACGCAACUGACGCGAAAUGGUUUGUUCUCGUAGGCGUUUCGGCAUCCAGAUGGUAAGUACUACCCAUUCCUCCAAUUGACGUUUCAAGCCGAUAUACUCACGACAUACAGGUCGCGCUCAAUUAUCAGAAGGUCUGUCAGACUUGGACACCUUAUAACUUGUGCUAACAAAGAGCAGCUUAACGCGGCGAUGAUGUUGAACACAGCUCAAUUCGAGGACUCGGAUGGCUGGAUCCUCAAGCCUCAAGGCUAUCUUCCUACCAAGGGCAAGCAAUCAUGUGCUGCGACGCGAGUGACCAUGGACCUUUCCGUCAAGAUUUUCGCUGGACAGCAUCUGGGAGCCGAUCACGACAUUCCCAAUGCAUACGUAAAAUGUGAGCUGCACGUAGAAAGUAAAGCCGAAGCGAAGGAUGGCCAAAUUCCCAAUGGCGGAAAGAACAAGGGUGGUGAAUGGAAACGCCAGACUGCUGUGCGGCACGGUCGCGAUCCAGAUUUUGGGGCAGCAAAGCUCGAAUUCAAGGGCGUGCAGCAAGUGGUCCCAGAGAUGAGUUUCUUACGGUACGUACCCAUUCACUCUUCUUUGCUUAUGUGUUGGCCACGAAAACCGCUGGCGUGUAGGCCAAUGCUUUACUGGUCUCCGUCAUGAUCAUGAGAGCUCGCGCUUGGUUGUGCGCUCGCGAAGCAGGCAUUGCGUUGCACGCUGUCGAUGAGGUGGCUACUGCGUCCUCGUUGCUGGCAAAGAGAAUGAAGCACAAAACCGGAACACGGCUGGUGACACGGAAAGCGUUGAGAUCCAAUGUGGUCUUGCUCGAUGGUCUUGCACCUCCAGCUACGCUCUUUAGUGACAGCGAAUACCGAGCAAACGGCAAUCGGUGCUCGUGCUUAGCGCGCACAUACCCCAAGCAACACGUACCGUUGCACUGCCGGUCGCACUGCGUUGGCGCUUCCGGGGAGCACAGCGUCCUUGGCCACACCGAAGUGGACGUUGAGCACGUGCGCUGACUUUUGCUGCUGCAGGUUGAAGGUCAUGGACGAUGCCUUGGCCCAGAAGGAUCGCAUGCUUGGAUGGAUCUGUUACCGGCUUGACAGAUUGCCGCGAGGUCUGUUGCUUCUUCAUCUGCGUGGAGAGGAUUCGAAAGCCACGGAUGGCAAGCUCCUCAUCGAGGUCGAGACACAGAUCGAGCGCUGCGCUCCUUCGGCGAAGGCUGCAUGA